AUUGUGUCCAUGAGGAUAUACAUACCAUCUUUCAUCCGAAAUACCUUAAUUUUGCUCAACAGCAAGACUCAUUUAGUCAGAGAUUCAAAUCACAUAUACAAGACCGAUUCAAAGCCCCUCGUUUACGCUGUCAUCACCACCAUCCUGAAUGCUUCAAUGAUCAGAGACGGCGCAUGACUUGAGACCCUUGGGUAUUUUGUCCCUGAUAGUCUGAUAUCACGGCUUUCUCUAUCUCGAUUCAGCUCCUCUUUUCUCCUCCUUAUCACAUCCACAAUGGAAUCCCAAGUAGCCAGACUAGUUGACAAGAUCUGGGAGAGAUUCCAAAACACCCCAGACAAUGCCCGCUUAAUGAUAGCAGUCAGCGGGAUACCAGGGUCUGGGAAAACCGGACUGGCCAUGAUAAUGGCCAAACGUAUCAAUCAAAUCUACAGUGCCCAGCAGAAGAGCCAGAACCAGGGGCUAAUUGCAACCGCCAUCCCCAUGGAUGGAUAUCAUUUCACAAGGGCACAGCUUGCAGAAAUGCCCGACCCUGAGUACGCUGUUGCUCGACGAGGCGCGGCAUUUACAUUCGACGGGGAGAAAUUUCUCGUGUUAGUGCGUGCUUUGCGGGAGCCGUUGACAGGAGAGACGCAGGCCUUAUACGCACCGAGUUUUGAUCAUGCCGUGAAGGAUCCUGUGGAUAAUGAUAUACCGAUCCCGGCGAGCAGGCGGGUGAUUUUCUUCGAGGGGAACUAUCUAAGUUUGAAUAAGGAGCCGUGGAGCUCGGCAGCGAAAUUAAUGGAUGAGCUUUGGUUUGUGGAGGUAGAUUUUGAAACGGCUCGACAGAGGUUAAUCCGGCGACAUGUUCAAGCUGGGAUUGCAAGGGAUGAGAAAGAGGCGGAUAAACGGGCAAAGGAGAAUGAUCUUGUGAAUGGGAAGGAGAUCGUGGAUUUUCAGUUGGAUGUGCAGGAAAUCAUCCACAGCUACUAUGACCCCGAGUGGGACAAGUGAGCUCGGUACGGGGGGAGGAUCUUGAAUGAUUGAAACUGUUUUAUUGAAUUAUUCUCGUAUCACUAGCAUAUUGGCGUGAGUAUAAUUUCGAAAUGAUGAAGUACUAGUAUUAUGGAUGGUAUUCGAGUCUUGCCUCUUGGAGGGGUCUGUCUAUAUUUAGGACAGAAGAAAUUAAACCCUUGAGAUUGCAUCGAAGAUUUAAUGAGUUG